AUGACGCCUGCACCAGUAAACCAACGCGGACAAAGCAAGCAAAACAAGCAGGGUAAGCAAACCAAGCAGAACAGACAAACUGGACAAAUUGGACAAAUUGGACAAAAUAAGCAACUUAUAAAACAGAACAAUGAUGACAACAAGUUAAACUAUGAUAAGGCCAGCAACGCAACCCUUGUUGAAUCAUCAGAAGAACCUCAGCCUUCAAUAGAAUUAAUAAAGGACCUCGUCAAAGAGGUUGAAAAUGGUAAUAACACAUACAUUUACGAUCUCACGAAAAAUUGUUGGAAUUAUAUCGAAACCACUCGAUUAGAAUUAAAGCCUCUUGUUGAGGCAAUUUCAACUUUAAAAUUGACGUUUUCAUCAAAACUUUCAUACUUGGAAGCAUGGUGUCUCGUUAUGGAUGGAAACCCAGAACUGGGACUGGUUAUCGAAAAUAACUUAGACCUUUACAAAAAUCUUUUGGCACAAAUUCGCAAUUACUUUACAAUAAUAUUAGAUAUGGCAAAUGAAGCGGAUCUUGAUCAUUGCAAAUUGAUCAACCUAUCACUGGACAAAAUUGAUAGAGUCUGGUUGUAUCGAGCAAAAGAGCUGUUUCUUGAAAUGCAGCAUACUUGUGAUGAUGUGAACAAUGACCCACUUCAAACGCAUAUUGCAUCUUCAACAUUGCCGCUUACAAUUGAUUGUGUUCCCAAACCGGAAAUUUCCUUAAGCUCGCUGUUUAGAUUCAUUCUUCAAAUCCUAGACCAAGGAAAUGUAGCACCAAACCAGAAAGCACUCAGGAAAUUAUAUUACUCUCUCAAAUGUUUACAAAACCACACCAAAUAUGACAUUUAUGUUGAAUUUAACGGGCUCAACUCAAAAAUAUCUUUCAUCACAAUGUUGAUUUACCUCAAUUACUUGAUCAGCAAAAUUAUAAUGGACGAGUGUAUGGAAAUUUUACCAAAGACAAUCCAAUCAAAGUUUCGUUAUUUCAGCCUCCCACCAUUAUCUCCUCCAGAGGAAUAUACUUUUGGCGAUGACCAAAACUUUCUUUCCAACGACGAUUUAAUCAUUGUGCAAUACCACCUCUUGCAAUUGAUCAAAAAUUACAUAUCUGAGGAGUUGAACGAAGAACAUCGUUUCCAAUUAAAGACAUCUUCUAAAAUCGUGGAACGGGCACAGACUAAACUAUAUGACACAACAUUAGCCAGUAUAGUCUCCUCGUUGAUUUGCAUAGAUGAGAAUAAUUCAGAAGUAGUCAUUUCUUGUCAAUCAAGGUUGAUGUAUUGUAUAAUCGACAUUAUUCUUCAGCAAGGUAAUCAAGCAUGGAUAGCAAUGCUCAACUUGGCCAAUGACAUUUGUUAUAGUGACUUGAGAUACAUUAAGGUAUUCAUUAAUUUGUUUCACAACCUAAUGAAGAAAAACAAUUUAGCGUGGGAAAACGUAUUAGUGCGUAGUGGAUUGGACUUCUUUAUAAAUACAUUUAAGCCAGGUCACGAUCUUUGCAAGUCAUUUAUAGAAGACGACGAGACCUGCUUGUUAGAUGGGAUGCUAUAUAGAAAUGUUUACGAGUUGUAG